AUGCCACGCAAGUAUCAGGAUUAUACUGCAACGAAUAUCGCCUUGAAAAACCUCGGGGACGCCGACGCAAUUUUCAUCAACAGCUACUAUCCCGUAACCCUUCACAGGAUCGAAAAUUACGUUAAGGACAAAUCCCGUGAAGGGGUGGUAGUGGCCGGGAAAAACCUGAUACACAUUCGCCGGGUGAAAGCUUCCCAGGGUGAUGUCGAAUUUUUCUACUGUUAUCUGGAUCCGGCCAUUCCUCACAUCGUAUUGACCUACAACGUGGAUUGGCGCGGUGAGUAA